AUGGUGGCUGCAAAGAGGACGAAAAAGUCUCUGGAGUCGAUCGACUCUAGACUCCAGCUUGUUAUAAAAAUUAAUAAAAAAAAAAGUGGCAAGCACGUGCUGGGGCACAAACAGACUCUGAAGACAAUCAGACAAGGCAACCUGGUUAUCCUCGCCACCAACUGUCCAGCUUUGAGGAAAUCUGAAAUAGAAUACUAUGCCAUGUUGGCUAAAACUGGUGUCCAUCACUACAGUGGCAAUGACAUUGAAUUGGGCACAGCGUGUGGAAAAUACUACAGAGUAUGCACACUGGCUAUCAUUGGCCCAGGUGAUUCUGAUAUCAUCAGAAGCAUGCCAGAACAGACUGGUGAGAGGUAA